AUGCGGCCCGUCACCGACUUCUUUAACCGCCCCUCGUUUUCACGGGUCAACCAAGAACGCACGUCCGAGCAGAAAAUCCCUGAGCCCUCUGCCUCCCCGUCCUCUCCCCUCACCGAACCACCGCCAUCCUCCGCAUUAGACCCGACCCCGCCAGAAGCUCCGAACGACCCAAGCGCCCAACUGAAUACUGCACUAUGGUUAUCGGCGCAAGACAAUACGACCAAUGCCUCCACGCUCCAGCAAAGUUUUCAAAGCACCGAAUCCGCGGGUCUUUCAUCUCUAAGCGAGAGCUUCCCCGCAUCUCAACGCAUUGUCAAAGGCGGCAAAGAGAUCGUGAUCAGCUCGGAUGGGGAGGAUACAGACUCGGUCAGCUCAUUGGAAGACCCUGCAUCACUCUUCACCAAGAAAGCCCCGCAAGCGAAACAGGAUAAUCCCUCGGAGACGAAAAGAGCUAUGCGGCUAGACAAGACAUACCUGGCACAGCUAUCCGCACCGAAAAAUUAUAGAAACACCAUUGACUCACUUGUCCAUGAUGCAGUGGACGACCAUGAGAUUGAGGAGAGUGUUGCCAAGGUAAAGGCGACCUUUGGACGAUCACAGCCGGCUGGCGAGCAUGCUGUAGGAGUUGCUUCUGAGGGGGCGGGAGCGGAGACAGGCCUACACGAAGACAUGUUGACUUCGGCACUUGGGGAUAACGACGAGGGGCCAGGGUUACAACGUCUGCUAGAUGCCGUGCGGAGGACCGAAGCUCUUGAUCAAGACAGGAUCUGGCGGUUCUUUGGCCAAGCACAGGAAGUACCCCCGGCGCCGAAGUUCCCUGGGGAGUUGAUUGCACCUGGCACAUAUCUGGCUGCAUUGCGAGAUCCUGCAUCUCGCGAGCGCGCCUUCCAGUCCAGCACAAUUGAAUAUGCCUUGUCCAAACGGUUUCUUCCGGAUGAGUUCAUUCUAUGGGUCUUUCGCUCUGUUGCCUCGGAACCCCGAGAUGAGUUAAGACAAGCUUAUUGUCGAAUCUUCAAGGCUGCGACUGUGGAGCGCAUAGGCUCGCUCAUCCGUCCCACCGAUAUUGAUAGACUCUUUCUUCAGCUGGGAGCCAAACCGCAGGCUGUGGAUCUCUCCCGGGCCAUUGUGGCAGAUUCUCCUCAACAUGCCCUUCCGAACUGCAAACUAGAAAACCGUGCAAAUUUUCUUUCCGUAUUGGAAUUGCUACGAGGAGCUGAUGAUUUAUUCGCGGAUGACACCCGGGAGCGGGCAAUCCUGAUGUUGCUGCGUCUCACUCUCGACACCUCGUUGACAGCAGAUGCCAUGAUUUGCUCGGAGCUGGAGAGAGCUAUAAUCGCCAUGUUGCAAUCAAUACCUGAAUCUAGUGCAGGCGAAAUGGUUCACCGAAUAUGCACAACCAUCUACGAGACAACUCCGGAUGUCUAUUUCCAAAGCCGCAUUCUCCAGCACAUAUUACCAACAUCCAGUUGGAUAGCUCUUCUGCGAUGCCGCCUCGCCAUUGCAUUUUUAGUUCGAAGCUCUGCGCCGUUACUUGAACCGCCAGAAGCUCUUCUCGACCUGCGGCGCAUCACCAUACUCUUGAUCCGCGAUGAGCGGUUCCACCCCAAAUUACACAAGGGCAAAGGAGAAUACGAUUACGGAGAAUUGAGUGCCGCCACCAUCCUUCUCAAUAUGGCAAUCGAUUCGUCGCAGCUCAACCUGAAAUACAAGGGGGCUGGUACCCAGCGAGAUUUCGACGCUGCCAUCGAUAAGCUGGCCGCCCAGAUCAAGAAGACCUUCAGUUCAAUUGAGGACUCGGGUGCCUCUCAUCUCAAACGAAUGUUGGCCAAAGAGGCUCUCGAGGCUUUGCAUUACCGCGUGAUCUACUCCGUCCGAUCAAAACCACCGCCCAAGAAAACGCUGUUCAAAACAUAUGCCAAGGAGAGGGACGGCAACAUUCGAUCUCUAUUCAAGACGAACAUCGCGAUAGAAACUGAUACAGAUGCACCGGCGUCGGGGGAUCCACUCUCCCCGAGAAAUGCGGAGAACACUGGGAUUCCGAUUCGUGAGCACGACCGUUCAUGA